AUGUCUUCUUCUUCAGCCGGAGAAGUCACAAGAGCAAAUGACAUCAAGAGGGAAAAUGUGAAAGAGGCGGACAGGCGGGAGUGCAUCAAGCUUGUGGCGCUGGAGGCGGCCGAAUUGUCCAUGGAGCGAGCGGCGCCCAACGCGGACGCAGUGCGCACGGAGCUGCUGGUGAGCGCCGCCUCCUCGCUGGCCUUCUCGCCGGAGCAAGUGGCGUGCGUCUGCGAGGCUUUGCAGCAGGGGGGCAACGUGGACCGCCUGGCUCGUUUUCUUUGGUCCCUGCCCCAAAGCGACCUGCUGCGCGGCAACGAAAGCAUCCUAAAAGCCCAAGCCCUCGUCGCCUUCCAUCAGGCUCGCUAUCAGGAGCUCUACAGUAUUCUGGAGAACCACAGCUUCAGCCCGUCCAACCACACCUUCCUACAGGAUCUGUGGUACAAAGCCCGCUACACAGAAGCCGAGAAGGCGCGGGGGAGACCCCUGGGCGCCGUGGACAAGUACAGAAUCCGGAGAAAGUACCCUCUGCCCAGGACUAUUUGGGACGGCGAGGAGACGGUGUACUGCUUCAAGGAAAGGUCUCGGAACGCACUGAAGGACCUGUACAACCAAAACCGGUACCCCUCUCCGGCCGAAAAGCGCAAUCUCGCUAAGAUUACGGGACUCUCCUUGACUCAGGUCAGCAACUGGUUCAAGAACAGGAGGCAGAGGGACAGAAACCCGUCUGAGGCCCAGUCCAAAAGUGAAUCAGAUGGGAACCACAGCACAGAGGAUGAAUCCACCAAAGGUCAAGAAGAAUUGUCACCCAGGCCCCUCUCCAACUCCUCAGAUGGCGUUAUCACUCAUGGGACACUUCCAAUCCAAACAGGGCCUCUGGACAGUGGGGUAGUCAUCCAGCAAAUUGGGGACAUCAAAAUGCCUGCUGGAUCCAAUAGCGGAGGGCUCUACAAUGGAAGUCUGGUCACCAAUAAUACCUCGGCGACAUUUCACAACGGCGGCUCGUCUUACCUCCACUCACCUGGGAACAUCCUUUUCAAUGGGCUCAAUUUGGGCAUCCAGCCUUUGGCGUUCAACUCUCUGAGGACGUCCGGCGGGGUCCUGAUGGGAGGCUCCGGAGAAGACAUGCAGGAGAAAGGACUGGGAGGCUCCGCUGAGGACUCGGCCCUGCAGUAUGCCUCCUCCUACUCGGGCUGUGUGAACGGAGGGCCCGUGAAGCUGGAGGGGGUUCACACCAUGGCCGCCCAGAACGGGGGCUCCUCCGUGCUGACGUUCAGCUCCUCGCUGGGCGGCUACAGCCUGGUGCAGGUACCCAGCGGUGUGUCUGACAGUGAUGGAAGCUCGCUGCUUAACAGCGAUGUGGGCCUUCCUCCCCUGCAGCUCUCCACCUCGUCCUCUUCCUCAUCUAUUACACAAGGUACAAUCGCUCUGAACGAUGUUGCAGUGAGCUCGUCCAGCGACGACUCCUUUCAGCAGCAAGACAAGCUGUCCAUGACCUCCAUGCAUCACAGCACCACCGUCCUCUACAAUAUGAGCAACGUCAACCAACCGGCCAUCAAGAAGGAGCCUCUAGAGGGAGGCGUCUACUCAUACCACCACGGGCUGCACCUGGACCCGAGCGGGCAGAUGGGUUACUCCACCCCCGGCGGCGAAGAGGUACCAUCUAGUCAAGCUCCGGUCUCCGCCGCCACCUCGUCCAGCCCCGAGGUCUACACCACGCUCACCGUCAGCACGCCGCUUAUGACCCAAACGAACCAGAGCGGUCACCACCUCCAUUCCGUCGAGUACCUCAGGGGACACGAGGUUCGGGCGGGCCAGCCCUCGCACUUGAUGGGCCCCUGUAUGGACAACAACUACAUGAGCCUGUCAGAGAAUAAAUUGGACAACACGGGGCCGGCGGGUGUGACUGACAUGGUGCGGGCCAUGUGUGGGGACAUGGAGCCUGUGGAGGGGAAGGAGCUAGCCAAACUACAAACAGUUCAGAUGGAUGAAGACAUGGCUGACCUUUAACCUUAAAGCAGAAGCAUUCAUGUCGAUGUGAGCAUUGAUAAUCUUUUGAGUGUGCGUGUGUGGGUGUGAUUUUUUUUUUUUUUUAAAUCAUUAAUUUCAUUUACCUGUUAAAUUAUUUGACAAUACUGUGUUGACUCCUAGAUGCACUCGAUUAAAAUUGAAGGCCUGUUGGAAGGUCUGGACAUUUAUGCAAAAAAUAAUUUUAAGAUGUUUAAAAGCGAGCUCUCUUCACAUGUCACAACGACUCAUUGCAGCAGUCGGCGAAUGUUGCUUGCUCGUGUUUAAAAGUCCAGUUUUACAGGCAACACCUGCUACUUCCUGUUGAGUGGACUUGAUUUGCCGAAGCAGGUGCUGGCAUGCCGCAAGUCACAUGACUAGGAUGUUCCUCCAAACUAAAUGCGUCAUCUGGGUCAAACCAAAAAGGUCAUUCAUGAGGGGGAAAGGGGGGGGGGGGGGGUCUGUGGAAGAGGGACAGUUUUACUGAGGGACUGCGCACAUAGAUGGACAAUAUGUCAUUCAAUACACAAAGCUGCUCUCUUCGGACAAAGUGCCCUUCAGUAAGCACCUUAAAUUGCCUCUCGAAUCUCAAAUAUGAAUGUACCUUUUUCGGCUUUUGCACUAGCAUCACGACAUUAUACGGGCUUCGCACGAUUGUUUUUGACAGGCCUCAACAAAAGCACACAAUUCUGCAGCGACUGAAUUGAAUGGCAAGGUCAUGCCGCUAGGUUCACGUGUCAUUCAUAUGUUGUUAAAAAUGCUGCAAAUAGGUGUGACCAUUCUAUGCGUGUUUCGUUUUUAACGUGCCUCUUCAAAUGUUGGCGAUUCCCGACGCAAAUAUGCUUCCCAAAUGGAUCAGGAACAAAAAAGGGACAGAAGUAUUUUUUUUUUAAACAGAGAGGGGUUGCAAUGAUUUCUCUUAAUCAUAAGGUUAUUUUUAGUCUUUUGCUUUUUACAUUGUGAAUAACACUGAAAGGAAGCUGUGCAAUCUGAAGGCAAGACCUCAGAUUCUGAGAUUUUCCACCGCCUCCGCCUUUUGCUGUCACUGGAAUAUUUGUUGGGUGUCAGAUUAGGAAAAGACAAGUGAAUGUGGAGGCCAUUUGUCUCGUAGGUCUGGUACUUUUUUUUUUUUUUUUUUUUUUUUUUUUUUAAACCACGGGAGGACACAUUCUCCCUGUCAGACAUGAACGACCAGAAUAGGACAUUUCAGCCUAACGGCCAACUCAGUGCAUUCAUAUCUUGAGUGCAUCAAGCUUUUUUUUGUUUGUUACUGGACUCAUAAUGAAAUUCUACCAAUUUCUCAGUGCUUCAAAUACAAGAAGUGAGUGAUGGCAAAUGUUUCUUUUUUUAAACUUAGUUUGAACUAUAUGUUUGUUAUCUGAAAUUAUGUGAAUGUAUUUUUCUAAAUCUCUGUAAUGCAAUAAAAGUCUAUAUUUAUAAAAACA